AUGGAUGAAUAUGUGAAAACCAAACUAAGAGAAUGGAAUCUUGAAGAGUUAAUUCCCACAUUUGAAGCUGAGAAUAUCGAUCAAGAAACCCUCCUUCUUUUAGAUGAGGUCACACUGACUUCUCUUAUCCCUAUUAUUGGACUUCGUUUAAAAUUCAAGAAGUACCUCAAGAAUGUGCUUGAUGAAUCAAUCAAAGAGCCUGCAACUACAACAACAGGACCAAGGGAGCAGCAGCAGGGUCCUGAGCACAGAAGAAUGGUGGAGCAAGCCGCAGCAUUUAAUGUAAGAGACAUCCUUGCAGCAACAUCCUUUGGCAGCAGUAUUGUGGAUGCCAUUGAAAAAAGGAACUGCAUUUCAAUUAAAGACAGACAAGCGAUGGUUCGUAUCUUGGUAUCACAUCUAAUUGAGCGCUUUGGAGAAAAUCCAAGUGGAGCAACAAAAGUUACCCUGGCUUCAUCAAUAGUUGAACAAUUUCCAUGCCUUAAGGAUUCCCAGGGUAAAGGCUAUGAGGCAUGGUUCAGUCCAGGUAGAUUUCACAGACCUGCCACAGGCUUCCUCGAAGAGCGUCUUCGGAACGUGCGCAAAAAGAUCCGAAGAGGAAGACAAAAACCAGUUUCUUCAGACAACCCAAGACACAGCAGUAAUUUUACUUUGCCAGAGUCAAAUGUGGACUCGGAAAGAGCGACUCAAAUGAUAGAGUGGCUCAGAAAUAAUAUCUGGCCAGCAAGUCAGGUCGAGAAGUACAUGAAAGAGACAGCGAUCCAAAGGGCCACAUGGAUUCGUAACGAUGGAUCCAAGACAAUAAUGGAAAUAGGCAAAGAGUAUCCACGUCUCCUCGACACUCCGGGCAUGAUAUCCCAGGAUUUCUUAAUUUUGAAUCCAGACUGCGCUUCAAAACUCACAGAAAAUUGGGUACCUGUGUUUAAGGAUAAGAUUCUACAGUUUGCCAGCAAACAAAAACAAGCUCUUAAUCUACUUCACGACAUAGAAACAAUGUCAGCAGAGACACAGAGUGACAUUGCCAUGCAAGUCCUUCCUGUAAUCCUUCCAACGCAUGUGUACAAAAUUGGAAGAAAAAUGUUCAAACCAACUUUCCUAGAAACCAGGAAAGCCUUCAUAGACAUACAGCCAAUUAUGACAAAUAUGGCCGAGUACCUUUGUUCAAGACAGUCCUUCGAGUUCCCUUAUGUUCUCAUGCUUGGAGACAGCCAGUGCUUUCAAGCCUUUGCUGUAAUAAAUGGCACAGCACUUGAACAAAGUUCAUUGCUUGCUGCAGUGGACGUUUGCUUUAAAGCCUUCUACGUCUUUGAUGUGAACUACCCCAAGCAGUGUUCCGUGGUGUGGCAGUUUCUACAGACUGUGGUGUAUGGAGUUCCUGGGGAGGAGACACCGGCAGUAAGAGUUCUGCGAGCAUUAAUUUUUGCUGACAAACAGUAAUUAUUAUUACUGUGACCUCACCGCUUCCUUGGAUUCUGUGUACUUUAACUUGUACACCUUUACACGUUCUAAAUACUUCAAAA